CGCGGGGCCAUUUGGCCGGCGGUGCGCGGGGGCGGCCGGGCGGGGAGGUGCGCGGCUCGUUGCCUCUCUCCGGGCAGGGGGUGUCGGAGCGGCUGCCAGCAUGGGUGACCAAGCGCUCAGCUUCCUCAAGGAUUUUUUGGCCGGUGGGAUCGCUGCCGCCAUCUCCAAGACGGCUGUCGCCCCCAUCGAGAGAGUGAAGUUGCUGCUGCAGGUCCAGCAUGCCAGCAAACAGAUCACGGCCGAGAAGCAGUACAAGGGCAUCAUCGACUGCAUAGUCCGCAUCCCCAAGGAGCAAGGCAUCAUCUCCUUCUGGAGAGGCAACCUGGCCAAUGUCAUCCGGUACUUCCCCACCCAGGCCCUCAACUUUGCCUUCAAGGACAAGUACAAGCAGAUCUUCCUGGGGGGAGUGGACAGGCACAAGCAGUUCUGGCGCUACUUCGCGGGGAACCUGGCGUCCGGGGGCGCGGCGGGAGCCACCUCCCUCUGCUUCGUCUACCCGCUGGAUUUCGCCAGGACCCGGCUGGCGGCUGAUGUGGGCAAAGGAGCCAGCGAGAGGGAGUUCACUGGCCUGGGCGACUGCAUCGUCAAGAUCUUCAAGUCUGAUGGCUUGAAGGGCCUGUACCAAGGGUUCAGUGUGUCCGUCCAGGGCAUCAUCAUCUACAGAGCGGCCUAUUUUGGGGUUUAUGACACAGCCAAGGGUAUGUUGCCUGAUCCAAAGAAUGUGCAUAUUGUAGUCAGCUGGAUGAUCGCCCAGAGUGUCACUGCAGUAGCAGGGCUGGUUUCUUACCCUUUUGACACUGUGCGACGUAGGAUGAUGAUGCAGUCUGGCCGAAAGGGAGCUGAUAUUAUGUACAAGGGCACAAUUGAUUGCUGGAAGAAGAUAGCUAAAGAUGAAGGAUCCAAAGCGUUCUUCAAGGGUGCCUGGUCGAAUGUGUUGAGAGGCAUGGGUGGAGCUUUUGUAUUAGUACUUUACGAUGAAAUCAAGAAAUACGUCUAAAACUUAACAUCCUAAUCUAGUUCAAUUGUUCUCAAUCAACUUUUUUUAAAAAUGUGCUGUUGUGAUGUAGUGGACAACAAAAUAUUUCCUAGGGAAACGGAAUAAAGUUUCAUAACAUAUCAGGUUGAGAUGAGAAUACAUUCAUUUAAAAAUUGUCCACUACAACACAGUUAUAUUUUGUAUGAAAAGUCAUCCAACAUUUGUAUUGGAACCUGUGUAUAUAUUAUACUUCAAAUUUCAGGUAAUACAUUUUAUCUAGAGAUAAGACUUAGGUGGUGUAUGCCUAGUUUAAAAUUUAAUAUUCUGAUCUCUUUAUUAGAAUGAGAUCUUCAGAAAUACCUAUUGUACCACGUGGAGUCUCUAGGCUACCCACCACUCUGAUGACAUUUAUAACAUGAAUUAAAAUCAUGUUUUCUUUUAAAGCUGUAUUUUUUUUAAUACAGUAUCAAGUGAAAAGCAUGUCUGAAGAUACAAACUAUAUUAAAGCACCUGGCUGUUCCUCACUGCAGCCUCUUCACUUGACACAUACAGUUGAAACCAUCAUCUGAUCCUUCAAACAUACUUUAUAGAAUAUGGAAAUAGUGUUUCAAAAAUUCCCUUUAUCGUCACAAAGCCAAAAGUUGUCUGCUAUGAUGUUCAAUUGAACUAACUGAAGUAAUGAAAUAAAUUAAUACAUUAAUGAA